UACCGGUCAAAUUGUUCUCAAAGAGGCGAAGAGGGUUUCCAUUCAACUUUCGAAUCUCUCGACGAUCCCCCAUUCCGUUUUUUCAGGGAAUCAAUUUCAAUUCCUCUCUCUCAAUUUCAAAACCCUAACCCUAGUCUUUCUCUUCCCAUCAAAAUUAAUCCCUUUUUCCAAUCUCUAGGGUUUCAAUUUCCAAUCGAGCUUUAAUUUCAUCUCAGGGUUUGGAAUGGAGAUACAGACGAGUGGGAAGCCCAUAGACUCGUUAUUGGAGAAGGUUCUAUGCAUGAACAUUCUCUCCUCCGAUUACUUCAAGGAGCUUUUCCGGUUGAAAACCUACCACGAAGUCGUCGACGAGAUUUACAACCAAGUCGACCACGUCGAGCCGUGGAUGACCGGCAACUGCCGCGGCCCAUCGACGGCGUUUUGCUUGCUCUACAAGUUCUUCACCAUGAAGCUCACCGUCAAGCAAAUGCACGGCCUCUUGAAGCAUAAGGACUCUCCUUAUAUCAGAGCGGUUGGGUUUCUUUACUUGAGGUAUGCGGCGGACCCGAAGACGAUUUGGAAUUGGGUAGAGCCCUACAUUACCGAUGACGAGAACUUUUCUCCAGGUUCCAAUGGACGAAUGACCACUAUGGGUGUAUAUGUUCGUGAUUUGCUCCUUGGGCAGUACUACUUUGAUACACUUUUCCCUCGCAUACCUGUUCCUGUGUUACGGCAGAUUACAGCUAAUCUUGAGAAGAUGAAACUCCCAACAAAACUAUCUGGUAAUACUGGUGAGGCUACCCGUCAUGGGUCCGAUGACACUGCCCGUCGCCCACCUUCUGUGAAAGCAGCACUUUCAGUCUCCUUUGGUCAACGUGCUCCACACCGUGCUUCUACGAGGGACUCAUCACCUGUUCGUCGUACUUUACCACCACCACCACCUUAUGAAAAAGCUAGCUCAGAUGAUUCACGGAGCCGUCGGAGCCAGAGCCGUGACUAUUCUGACAGAGACUAUUCAGACCGGGACAGGGGAAGGAACAGAGAUCAGCAUCGGGAAAGAGACAGGGAUAGUGAUCGUGAAAGAGAAAGAUAUAAGGAACAAGAGAGAGGUCGAGACAGAGACAGAUCAAGGGAUAGAGAACGGAGCUCGGAUUAUGAUAGGAGGCCAAGAUAUGGAGAGAGAGACAGGCAAAGGGACUAUUAUGAGAGUAGCCGCGAUGGUGGUAGACAUUCUCGUAGGAGUAGGAGUCGGAGCCGGAGUAGAAGCAGGAGUAGGAGUCGGAGCUUGCAAGCUGGCACUGCUCCUCCUGUAAGCCCACCGAGAGAUGUAAACAAGGAUAGAACAUCUGUAUCUAGCAAUCUGGCUAAACUUAGGGAUCUUUAUGGUGAUGUGAGUGUCCAAAAAGGGGAUACUAGUAUGGACAGGAUUCCCAGGAGUGACACCGGUACUGAAGAGGUGAUUAGGCUUGGUGGUCACCGAUGGAAAUAGCAUGAAGAGGUUUGAUAUCUAGUAUCAGAUGUGUCGUUUGAGACUACUGUCUAGAUCUUCCUUUAACUGGAGAAAGAUUGGAGCGAACCUUCCCUCAUGUUUUAUUUCUGUCUGCAAAGAAUAUUGAAAAUGUAUUGACGGAUGAUAUCCAUUGCAUCACCUUCAUGUUGCUGUAUUGCCGCCUGUAUACUACACAUUAUUCUGAAUUUCAGUUUUGGAAUGUAUUCAUGCUUCAUUAUGGGGCAUACCGCAUAUGUUAUAGUUUGUAACAUUAACACAAGUGAUCGCUUGAUGUAUUUCAGCUCUCUUAUCAUCUGAGUC